UUUAUGACAGUUUUGUUAUUUCAGAAUCACAUAUCACAGCUGUUCGAUUGAAUUUUUGGUUGCCUACUGUGGUUGGAGUUUUGGUUGUUCGCUAUCUGCGAUUUUAUUGUAUAAAAGCAGAAAACAAUCAUAUGUAGAGACGUUUGCUCGUAUCAUCACUGUAAAAUAAACGAAAAUCGAAUUAUGCCUCUUUUUGGUAAAUCUCAGAAGAGCCCUGCGGAGUUAGUUAGGUCAUUAAAAGAUGCUGUUACCGCUUUAGAAAGGGGUGAUAAGAAAGCUGAAAAGGCUCAAGAAGAUGUGAGCAAAAAUUUGGUGCUGAUAAAAAAUAUGCUGUACGGCACAUCAGAUGCUGAACCGCAGGCAGAUAUAAUUGUAGCCCAACUAGCACAAGAGCUCUAUAAUACAAAUCUUUUACUUCUUCUGAUUCAAAAUUUAAAUCGUAUUGACUUUGAGGGUAAGAAAGAUGUUGCACAAGUGUUUAACAAUGUUUUAAGGCGUCAGAUUGGCACAAGAUCUCCAACAGUGGAAUACAUAUGUACUAAACCAGAAAUAUUGUUUACACUGAUGUCUGGAUAUGAACAUCAAGAAAUAGCAUCAAACUGUGGAACAAUGCUGAGAGAGUGUGCUAGAUACGAGGCUUUAGCUAAAAUAAUGUUGUAUUCUGAUGAUUUUUACAAUUUCUUCCGUUAUGUAGAAGUGUCCACUUUUGAUAUUGCCUCAGAUGCCUUCUCUGCUUUUAAGGAAUUGUUAACAAGACACAAGAUUUUGUCCGCCGAAUUUUUAGAAGCAAAUUAUGACAAAGUAUUUAGCCACUAUCAGAGGUUGUUAAACUCAGAAAAUUAUGUGACUCGGAGACAGAGUCUCAAACUACUUGGUGAACUACUACUCGACCGGCACAACUUUUCUAUUAUGACUAGAUAUAUUACAAAUCCAGACAAUCUGAAGUUAAUGAUGAACAUGCUUAAAGAGAAGUCACGCAAUAUACAAUUUGAAGCUUUCCAUGUAUUUAAGGUAUUUGUAGCGAACCCCAACAAGCCAAAACCAAUAUUGGACAUACUGUUACGGAAUCAAGAUAAGUUGGUGGACUUCCUCACCAAGUUCCACACUGACCGUUCCGAAGACGAGCAGUUCAACGACGAGAAGGCUUACCUUAUAAAGCAAAUCAAAGAGUUGAAACCGUCAGAUCACUAACGUUUAUUGCACCCCCACAUCUCCACUUCCCUUCGACAAAAGUUAGUUAUAGAUGCUAUGUAAUCGCUUCUAAGUCACCAGACAGUGUCGCGCGUUGUAAUACUAGGCUGUUUAUCGAUGGAUCUAGCAUCUGGUAUGCGAUGAGAAUAGAAAUAUAUGAGCUCCAUGUAGGGUUGCCAAGUAUUGCAGGAUGAAGUAGAGUUUGAAUCAGAGAAGGUAAAUAAAGAGUACUGAGAUGGAUGAAAAUUUAUAUCAUAUAUAUAUUAUUGUAAUUUUUUUUUUCAAUUAAAACUUGUGUGGUAAUAAUAAUAUCUGGCAUGUGUCUAAUGGUCGUUCCCAAUAUACUAUCUACAGAUGGAUAUAAAUUACUACCUUCUACUGUCAGUAAUUAGCUGUCAAUAAUCUGAAGCUGUCCCAAUAUACCCGAUAAGUCAUUCUUAUCGCCUUAUAUUGGAACGCGUUAAUUACAAUUUCCAUACAAACUUUAUAUCGCUGGUAAGCUAUACGUCGUCCCAUUGACAGACAGCGUGCACGGAUACAGUGAUUUACCGUCGAUAAGUUUAUUGGGAGAGAAAAGUCAACGAUUGUUACGAUUUUUAUCUCAAGUAAGAGAUUGACUGAAUGUUGGGAACGGCCGUAAAAGUCUAUGUCAAAAGAAUCUUCUAGCGUACUCUAUAAGGUAAAGAUACUCUUCAUUAGAGUAUGUUCAGUACUCUAUUUAAGAGUAGGUACGGUUGGCAACCCUAGCUCCAAGCAGAUUACAUUUUAAAAUAAUGAUCUGUACGUUUUUUUUCGUGUUAUUACAAUAAUUUUCACAUGUGUUUUGUAAGUUGUUGAAACCAUUUUUAGCUUUUAUGCCAUGGUUAGUUUCUUACACACGAGUACCGAACAUCAAAAUAUAAAGAUUCAUAUAAAACAAAUUUUAUUUUCGACAAAUAUAAUAUUAUAGGGUAAUUACUUACAAUACUGAUUACAAAUGAAAAUGCAAAGGUUGAUUGCAAAAUUUAUCUUACAUUAGAAUAAUUGGUUCAUACCUUCCUAUCUUGUUAGGGUUGUUAUCAUGAUGUAAGGGCUGAUGCUACACUAUUUUAUUACAAAAAUGAGUAGGUAAUCUAGACCUAAUGUGUUGUUUUACAGUGGGAUCUCGAAUUUAAAGUAUGUUGAAAUCGACUUAAAUACCUUUUGCCUUAACAAUGGGCUCAUACAUCAACAAACAUGACUUAGAAAGUCUUAUAAAUGUAUCCAUUAAUUGCACUUAUGUAUACAGUUACAAGAAUUCAAAACAGAUUAUAAGCAACGAAGACUUUAACUUUUAUCCCUGUAAGUGCUGACAAUCUUAUGGCAUUAAUAUUAUUAAUUAACAGGCGAAAUUGUCACAUUAAAUGAAAAGGAGUUGCGGUUUAUGACUUAUCGAGGUUCUAGUUUCGAGAUUCCGCUGUAGUAAUAAUAAUUUUUACUUGUAAAUAAAUAGAAGCAUCCGAUAAAAUAUUUUUACUAACGACGAAGAACACAAAAAACGUAUUCCUUCUAUUUUAUAGAUGAUAUGAUUAUAUAUGACAGCUUUGAAAGCGCGAACAAAAUAGAAUUUAGAACUAACCUCUAUUUUGAGCAAUUCACGCACACUAACACAAAGUAUCAUUCAACGAGUGUAAGACGUAGCUUGUCACGCACACUAAACUAAUAUUCUUGGCCUGUUUUCAUCGGUUGUCUAACAGCAAAAGACUAUCUAGACGUAUAAAUUAUCUAAUACGGAUUCAUUACUAUAUUACCUCUUAACUAAUAGAUGCCUUCGGUCGUAGCUUGCAAUAACCUACACACCCGUGUAUCAUACGACAUUUUCAAUACAGUUGUGGGAAAUAGCUAAAAUGAAAUUAAAGAACUAUGUUUAAUUCAACAUACUUUCAAAAAAUGGCGCGGUUCUCCAGCUGGACUUUUUUUUUUACAACGAAACUAGGCAACGGGUUCGUUCCCGUAUAGAGCCUAUUCGAUUAUUAAUAAAUAUUGAUGUGAAAAUAAUUAAAUAACACUGAUAAUUAUAUAUAAUAAACAACCAUUUAAUAUAAUUUUGAGAAUUCAUUAUUUUUUAUCUAUUUAUCCGAUUUUAUUCUUAGAAAACUCCUUAAUACCUACAUACAACUUUUAAAUUAUUUAAAACUGAACUGCAAAAUGUAAAAUUCGAUUCGAUUAUCUGAAAUAGAAAAAAAUAGUAACUCGAUAACUAAGUUUGCGGCGGUAGGUACUAAACAAAUUUUAUUAGAUAGCGCGUUCGGAGGACGUGUUAGAAAAUUUUGUAGUCGUACAUUCGAAUAUAGCGAUCAAUUUCAUACCGCACACUUCAAUAAGAACUUUUUAUGAUUAAUGUGUUUACUGUAUGAAUCUUUGUAUUGUGAUCUAAUUUUGACUUGGUGUAAAAACAUUUCUGAAGAGCUUUUGUUGACUAGGACGUUGUUUAAUUAUUAUGUUAUAGUAUACAAAUGUAUAAACUAAUUUUACAUGCAAAUGUUUUAUUUAAAUAGUAUGAUUAGUAGAGGUAAGUUCCUUUUUUAGUUUUGAAAUUGUGAAUACAUUGUUUAUGUGAAUGAACAGUGUAUUAUCAACAAAUCUCAGCCCGUGAAUAUAAAAUUAUCUAAUAUUCUACAGCUGAAUUGGCAAAUAUUCCAAAUUAUUUCACUUUAGUGUUAUUAUUCGUUAGACAUUUAAUUUAAUGAUUGAUUAUCAUUAUCACCACGAUUCAUUCAGUUAUCUUUGUCAUUUAAAAUAAAGUAUUUAUAUCAAUAUUUAAUUUUAUUUUGUUAUAUUUUUAAUCUAUGCAUAUUUCAUUAAAUUAUAGAAGGUAGGGAUUUAAUGAUGUGACUCUAUAGAGAAAUAUAGUCUGCACAAUUUGGCUUAUUUAUGUUGUUGGUAUGUUUACAAUAAGCUAUAAAUUAAAGUUCUUAUUUUAUGCAGACAUGCUCGGGACGUGAGUCCUGUUCAUCCUCUUCCGUCGAAUGCUUGUAUUUACCAAUCACGGUUUUGCAGGAAUCUAUUUGUAUAUGUAGCUCGUUUCAAAUUUAAAAAGUAGGGAAAUAAGGGGCAGGUAAUAUUUGCAAAGCUUUAAAUAAGGAAGUAUCUUGCGGAACCGUGCAUUGGUAAUACUUAUGUUCUGAUAUUAGAAAAUAAAGCAGGGAUAUUGAUGAAUUUACACUAACCAUAUUUUAGCCACUUUUUGUACAUUUGGCAAAAUUGUCACAUGAAUAAAUCAUGAAAAAGA